UUUUCACGUUGCGGAGCACGUCUCUAAUAAAGGAUACUUUGGAGUGACGUGAUACGUGUCAUUUCACUUUGGAUAAUUACAUGUUUCAUACCUUUUUUACCUAUUUACCUUUAAAAUUUCGAUACGUCGAAUAAUGAAAAAGUGAAAAGAGAUGGGAAACGUCUUAUCGGCGCAGAUACCGGCCCAAAUAUUGGGCGUAGAAGCAUAUCUUUCAGAUAUUAGCGAUGUGGAAUAUGUCGGAAGCCUAGGAAGUACUCGAUUCAUGAAAGUAGCUCGAGUGAAUCAUGCGGAAGGUCCAUCAGUUCUUAAAGUUUUUCUUCUUCAAGAUCCGUCAUUUUCGAUUGAUCUCUACCGUGAUCAGGUUAUUCAAAUCCGCGAUCUCUUGUGCAAUGCUUACAAUUGCUGUCCAUUCAGACGAGUAUAUGUUACCUCACGCUGUGUUAUUCUGUCUCGGCCGUUUCAGAAACACACCCUUUAUGACCGUAUAAGCACGUAUCCAUUUCUUACGGAUAUUGAGAAAAGAUGGAUUGCUUUUCAUCUCUUCAAGGCACUUGCUCAAUGUGAAUAUGCUGAAGUAUGCCACGGAGACUUGAAAACUCAAAAUAUCCUUGUUUCAAGUUAUAAUUGGGUGCAAAUAACCGAUUUUGCAUCAUUCAAGCCUGCCAGCAUUCCAUCGGAUGAUCCAUCGUGUUUCACGUUCUUUUUCGAUACUAGUCGACAGUUGAGCUGUUAUUUGGCACCGGAAAGGUUUUGUACCAGUCAAGAACUAAAUUUACAUCCAAAUCUUCCGGGUGAAUUUAUGGACGUCUCCAAAGGCCUCACACACGCUAUGGAUAUCUUUUCUCUUGGUUGUGUACUUGUUGAGCUGUUUACCGAAGGCCAAUGUCCAUUUACCUACGAAUUACUCGUUAAAUAUAAACAUGCGUCUAAUGCAGAAGCACAAGUAAUGAUUCAGAAUAUUCAAGAACAGUUACCUGAAGAAUUGCGCAGUAUGAUCGGUCUGAUGCUUCAUCGCAAUCCAGCAAAAAGGCCGAAGGCAUCAAUGUUGGUUCGAGAGUACUCCUCACUUUUAUUCCCACCAAUAUUCGAUCAUUUCCUGUAUGAUUAUAUAGAUGCUUUUCGACCAAAAUAUGUACAAACAAGCGUAUCACUUGAAGAGGCCCAAAAUUCAGAAUCAAUGGAUUCGGAUAAUGCGAUUGCAAAAUUAUCAUUCGAUAUGCAAGCAACUGUGGAGAAAUUAUCAGAGAAGGCUGAGGUUAAUGGAAAACCAUUCGAUCAGUUACCUGCCAUUUUACUUAUCAUUGCACUGGCCACUUCAAAUAUGCGCACAUUGAAGUCAUUGACUGCAAAAUUUGAGUCGAUGAAGUUGUUGCAUAGGUACAUACCAUGGGUGGAUAAUUCAGUUGUUGCCGAUCGUUUGUUGCCAUACUUGGUUGAAAUGAUAUUCGAUUGCAUGGUUCAGGUUAAAUGUGAAGCCAUUAAUUCAGUUACUUCACUGCUAAAAUCAUUCAAUGAAAUACCACGCUAUGAAACUCGAUUAUUUGUCGAUUAUUUGUUUCCAAGACUUAAAUAUGCCUCGUUGGAUCCACACAGUUUGGUACGAAUAACUCUGGCACAGAAUUUAGGUGAUUUAGCCGAGGCUUCUUUCAGGUUUAUCCAUGAAGGACGGAAAAAUUUCACGGAUGAUUUAUUGGAUGGAUCAACCGAAAUGGACAACAGCGAACGUGAAGAACGGUUUACAAAGCAAGAAACGGAGACGCUUCAACAGACUCUUAUUGAAAUUUUCGUUAAUUUAUGUGAUUCGAAUAACAUCGUCAAGCAUAGCGUUGUAACCCCGCAGUCAUUGGAGAAGUUGUGUCAGUUUUUUGAUCGUCGAAAAACAACCGAUGUUUUACUGUCGCAUCUGAUUACAUUUUUGAAUGACAAAGUCAAUUGGCGCCUUCGAGCAUCAUUCUUUGAAUGCUGUCACAUCAUUGCUGAUUUUGUUGGUCGUCAAAAUACCUACGUUUUGUUCUCACUUCUGCAGCAGGGUUUACAUGAUUACGAAGAAUUUGUACAGUUGCAUACGUUAUAUUGCAUAUGUCAACUAUGUGAAAAAGAUUUACUGGAGAAAUCUGUUAUUUACGAAUUACUAAAUGAUGUCGUACCAUUUUUGGCUCAUCCGAAUGAAUAUCUACGAAUGGCAACAUUGAAUAUUUUGAGUACACUGGAUACAAAAUUUAAUGUAGCAGAUAUUUUAUGUAAAGUAAUGCCAGCUGUAGAACCUUAUACGAAGGAACGGCUGAUAAAACUGCGAAACAAGUUUGUAGUUGCCUCUUCUCUAAGGCCGCACAUUCCACGUCCGAUUUGGAAUUACGUGAUAAACGUUCCACCCGUCAAGUUAUUGCUCGAUUUCAUGGCCGACAAACAAAUAUAUUUAGCUUUGGAUGGUGGCCAAGACUCGACGUUUGCAGUUAGCAGAAAAUGCCAACCAGCUUCGGCACAGUUGGAAUCCUGCUUAAAACAUUUAGAAAAUUUGGGCUUGGAUCGUAAUAUCGAAGAUAAAUUAGUCCGUUCCGAGAAUACGAUAACCAAAAUGAUUGAUUUUCGCACCAGUUUGGGUGCUGCUAAUGCGGACGUAAAUACUGGUGUGAUUGAUCUGACAGAAACGAAUGUCAAAUUGCAUAUAUUUGAUCUUAGUAGUGAUCCAAAAACGGCAUGUGUUAAGACAGUUAGUGCAAAUGGCCAGUAUCCUACGGAAUGGAGAAAUAUUUAUGAUGAUAUUAAUACGCUCACAUCUAAUUUUGGUGGACCUUCAGAAUCUCUUCUUACUUCAGAAGUAUUGGAACCACCUGAAUAUGCUUUAUCAGCAUCAGGUUUCUCACAUCUUGGGACUGGUCACAGUUUUGCUGUACGCUCGUCGGCUUGUAAAAUAAUGCUAUCGGAGCUAUUAACUCACAAAAGGGAACGUUAUGCAAAACGUCAACGACUUCAUCCGAUCAUCUAUUCUGGAAGUUCUUCUGCUAAUUCCAAUUCCUCACUACCGUUACCAUCUAUACGUCUUGGUAGCAGUUUGGUUUCCCAUCUGCAUGAACAUAAAGCAGCAGUUAAUAAGUUAGCACAAAGUCCGCACGGUUGUUAUUUUGCAAGCGCUGGUGCUGAUGGACUUGUGAAACUAUGGUCGCUGAAUCGUAUACAGGGAGAUUUGAGUAUGAUUGUCCGUGCUGAUGCUACAUUUACCUAUGGUGGUCAGGAAAUCAGUUCGGUACAAUUUUUGGGACGAACUGGAUCGCAUCUGGCUAUUGCAAGUGAAGACUAUCGUAUUAGCAUUAUUGAUACUGAACGAAUGCAUCUUUUAACAAAGAUUAGCUUCGAUAAAGAAAGAGAAGGUCCACCAGUGGAUAUUAUCGCCGUUGAUAAUCUUCUCUAUGUCUUAACCCAUCAUAACAGCAUUUUUUGCCUUGAUUGCAGGAUACCAACGUACGAGAGGGCAAUUUUGGGCUCUAAGCCCAAAGUAGUUUGGCGACAUCGGAUCAAAAAUGAAUAUGGUUUGAUAACAUCAUUUUGUAUCGAUCCAGUGAGUCAAAAUUGGAUGUGUCUUACUUCAACCAGUCGUUACAUCAUUUUGUGGGAUCUAAGGUUCGGAGUUGAAGUGAAUAGUUGGCCACAUCCCAACGAUGCAUGCCGGAUGCUGCGUUGUUGGCCAGCGUAUCCAACAUUGAAUGAGCAUGCUAAUAGUUCAUGUGCUGAGAUUUGGACAGCGUCAUCGUGCGCAUUCGAAUUGACUCGUUGGAAAUUGGAAACAGCCCAAAGGACACACGUUAUAUGGCCUUCCUCCAACAAACCUCUUCAGUAUUCCAUAAAAGAUAAGCAUGUCACAGCAGCACUGGCUACUUGCCCAUUAACGGGUCGUAUUUUCACAGGUGAUAGUUUGGGUGCCAUACGUUCGUAUAAUUUAUCAGACCCAAACGAAUGUUUUUAUCUUUCUGGAUCACUUCGACGAACCACAGAAGCCGUUUCUUCAUCAUUAUCCGAGCAUUUCGCUUCCAUCCGUUACAGCAAAUCCAUAAUCGAUACAGUAGAAGUUUUGAGUGAAACGGUUACCGGUAGGACUGCCGAACCACUUUAUGCUGUGAAUCCACUUGAAGUGCAGUUGACAGUAUGCCACAAAAGUCCGAUUACCGAUCUUCUGUGCUGUGGAGAAUAUUUGAUUUCAUCAAGUCGAGAUGGCGUCAUCAAAGUGUGGAAGUAGAGAGCGGCCAAACAUUUCUAGUAUUAGAUAGCUAGUAGUUUUCAUUUCAACAGAUAGCCGA